AUGGCUUCAUACAACGAUCCCAAUGCAUGUCCCAAGCACGGUCUUGAUCUCGAAUGGCGCACAUGCCUAACCUGCGAUAUCAUCAAGCUGAACGCUCAAGGCUCUCUAAAUUUUGUUGGUCUCAGUGGCGAAUUUGGUCGGACUUCUAGUUCGCAAUAUACAACACAGUCGUCACAGACAGCAAGGCCAGCAGCAGAGCGACGAGCGCAGCAUGAGCGACAACGCUUUGAACCUCAAGUCAUCUCCACCACAUACUCAUCCGUGGACGAUCCAUAUGACUUCAACACAUUUGACGGUCGCGACGACCACCCUGACCAGAUUGCCUUAACUCCCAGUGAUGACAAGUUUCCGGAAGACCUGGCACUUUCUGAUGAAGACACAGCACAAAAGCCUCACAGGAGACGCAAUCGUCUACAGAAGAGGGCGAAGAAUAAGUCCAGGACCGAAGCCGAGGAUGAGGAUGACAUGGAGCAUCUUGCACUUUCUGAUGAGGACAAGGGUGACAGGGAGCAUCUCGCACUUUAUGAUGAGGGACCUCAAGCGUUACGAUGUGGGAUUAGUAGGUCUCGAGGCUCGAACAAAAGGCGUGGGGCCAUGGGUCGACGUGUCAAGUUUUCCGAGUAG